AUGAGUUCCGACUCCAAAGAGGCCAUUUUCCGGUCCGCAGAUAUGCUGCUGGUUCAGUUCUACAUAGCAUCCGAGAUUUCUCGAGAUUGUGUGUCUGUUUUAGGGCAGCUCGGAAACGUUCAAUUUCGCGACAUGAAUCAGAACGUGAACGCCUUCCAACGCUCGUUUGUGAAAGAGAUCCGUCGUUUAGGCAACACACAGCGCCAAUUGCGGUAUCUAGACAGUGUCAUUCGCAAACAGCAAGUUCGCGUCCCGGUCGUUUCGUGGGACCAUCUUGUGGUGCCUUCAGGUACACAGGGGCCGGAUAUAACCCGAGGACCUAGCAAGUCCCAGAUCGAUGAUCUGGUCAGCGUGGUUGAGCAAUACGAACAGAACAUCCGUCACAUGGACGAGAAUUACGAGCAAUUGGUCAAUAAUGCAGCCUCUUUACUCGAACACCGUGUUGUUCUUCAAGGAACAAGAAGAUUUUUCGAAAGUCGGCUCAGUUUGGAAUUGGCCGAUGAUACAUCUCCGUUGAGCCAACUACGCGAAACCCAAGACGAGGGAGAUCAUCUUUUGGCCGAGGACCGUUUGUUGGAAAAUGGACGGCUCAACCAAACUGCAGAGCUGAACAUUAUGGGCUCCACAAUGAACUUUAUCAGUGGAACCAUUGAGAGCGACAAGUUUCUAACUUUGCAACGGAUAUUAUGGCGUGUCUUGCGUGGUAACCUUUACAUCAAUCACGUUCCAAUAGAAGAGCCUAUUUUGGAUCCAAAAACAAACCAGCAUAAAGAUAAAUACAUUUUCCUGAUCUUCACCCAUGGAGAAACGCUCAUCUCAAGGUGCAAGAAGAUUGUCGAGUCGCUGGAUGGUACGUUGUACUCGGUGGAUAGCGACUAUGAGGUGUUCAAGUCCCAGCUUGACGAGAUUAACACAAAAAUCAGAGACUUGAAUGAGGUCACAGAGCAUACACAGGACCGGCUUUUAUUAGAGCUGAAAGAGGUGGCUGCCGAUAUUGAGCGUUGGAAGAUCGAGAUCGCUAAAGAGAAGGGGAUUUACUCUGUUUUGAAUCUGUUCAAUUACGACCAGACCAGAAGAUGCUUGAUUGCAGAAGGAUGGAUCCCCACCAACGACCUCGGAAUUAUCAAGUCCUCUCUCCGCGAGGUCACCGAAACCUCAGGCACAGAUAUCAACUCGGUGGUGAAUGUGAUCAACACUAAUAAGACUCCGCCAACGUUCCACCGUACAAAUAAGUUCACCGAGGCAUUCCAGAGCAUUAUCGACGCAUAUGGAAUAGCAACUUAUCAGGAAGUGAACCCUGGUCUUGCAGCAGUUGUGACUUUCCCAUUCAUGUUUGCUAUCAUGUUUGGAGAUGUGGGUCACGGUAUUGUGCUGUUUUUGGCCGCACUUGCUCUCGUUUUGAAUGAAAAGAAGAUCGGAGCAAUUAAAAAUAGAGACGAGAUAUUCGAUAUGGCAUACACUGGAAGAUACAUCUUGAUAUUGAUGGGAGCUUUCUCGAUUUACACUGGAUUCCUUUAUAAUGAUUUAUUCUCCAAGUCCAUGACAUUCUUCAAAUCUGGAUGGAAAUGGCCAGAAACCUGGAAAGAAGGUGACACCAUCACAGGAACACAAAGCGGCGUGUACCCAAUUGGACUCGAUCCAGCAUGGCACGGAACCGAAAACAACCUUCUGUUCACCAAUUCAUACAAGAUGAAGCUGUCGAUUCUGAUGGGAUUUGCUCACAUGUCGUACUCGUUCUACUUUUCGCUUGUCAAUUACAGGUUUUUCAAUUCUCGCGUUGAUGUCAUUGGAAACUUCCUUCCAGGAUUGUUUUUCAUGCAGAGUAUCUUUGGAUAUCUCUCUUUGACCAUCAUCUACAAAUGGUGUAUUGACUGGAUCAAGAUCGAGAAGCCUGCACCUAGUUUACUGAACAUGUUGAUCAACAUGUUUUUGUCUCCUGGAAGCAUCGAGGAACAGCUGUAUCCAGGACAGGGCUUUGUGCAGGUUGUUUUGGUGUUGAUUGCACUGGUCUGUGUUCCUUGGCUGCUUCUAUACAAACCUCUGACGUUGAAAAAGAUGAAUACCCAGUCUGUCGAACUAGGAUACACAGAUCUGCACGAACACAACCAGGCUGUGCAGCUGGGCCAGACCGACGAGCAAGAAUCCAUAGUGUCACCGGAGGAAUCGCUGAGCGAGGACUUUUUCCUGAUCAACGAGGCAGACGAGGCGCCAGAGAAGUUUGAGUUUGGAGACGUGAUGAUCCACCAGGUGAUCCACACCAUCGAGUUCUGCUUGAACUGCGUUUCUCACACUGCUUCGUAUCUGCGUCUGUGGGCCCUUUCUCUGGCCCAUAACCAGCUUUCUGCCGUGCUUUGGGACAUGACGAUUGCCAACUCGUUUGUUUCGUACAAGGACAAGGGGUUUGCUGGGUGUGUGAUUGUGUUUUUCCUGUUUGGCAUGUGGUUUGUGCUGACUGUCUGUAUCUUGGUGGUUAUGGAAGGUACUUCUGCCAUGCUGCACUCGCUGAGAUUACAUUGGGUCGAGGCCAUGUCCAAGUUCUUCGAGGGUGAAGGUUAUGCAUACACGCCGUUCUCGUUCUACAAGAUUCUGAACGAGCUAGAAGAGUGA